GCAACGUUGUUCCCUUCCACUCAUCUGAAAAGAAAAAAAGACAAAACAAAAAUAAGUACGUAAAUAAAUAAAUAAAUAAAAUCAGAACGAUAUAUAUCUACUACGUCUCUCCUCCCUCUCGCCAGAUUUCAAUCAUCGACUCGAUUUCAGAUCCGAGAUAAAAACUUCGAACAUGUCUACGUUCAGCGGCGACGAAACAGCUCCCUUCUUCGGUUUCCUCGGCGCCGCAGCCGCACUCGUCUUCUCCUGUAUGGGAGCUGCUUAUGGAACGGCAAAGAGUGGUGUUGGUGUGGCUUCCAUGGGAGUGAUGAGACCCGAGCUUGUGAUGAAAUCCAUUGUCCCUGUUGUUAUGGCUGGUGUGUUGGGUAUUUACGGAUUGAUUAUUGCUGUUAUCAUCAGUACCGGGAUUAACCCCAAGGCUAAGUCUUACUACCUCUUCGACGGAUACGCCCAUCUCUCUUCUGGUCUUGCUUGUGGUCUUGCUGGUCUUUCCGCUGGAAUGGCCAUUGGUAUUGUCGGAGAUGCUGGUGUCAGGGCAAAUGCUCAGCAGCCUAAGCUCUUUGUCGGGAUGAUUCUUAUCCUUAUCUUCGCAGAAGCGCUUGCUCUUUACGGGCUUAUUGUAGGAAUUAUCCUCUCCUCUAGAGCUGGCCAGUCUAGAGCUGAAUGAGAAAGUACCCCAAAGAAGCAAAACCACCUAUGGUUUAUUUAUUGUUUGGUUCUGUAAUAAAGAGCUCGGAGGAGCUUUGGUAUGUUUUUAUUUUUGUAUUCUUGUAUUGUCCUGAGGAAGUAAGUUAUAAUACAUGUAUUUGUAAAGAAGUUUGCUUUCUGAAACCAUCUUGCUCUCUCCUCUGGUGUUGUGUUCGUGAAGUUGUUGUUUUGUUUUCUUGGUGAAGUUUUUAUGUCAUUAUUUUCAUUCAUGUUUAAAGUUUCGUGACAAAAGUAUAAAGAAAAAGAAUUUUUGAUU